AUGGAGUCGUUUUCUCAACACAAUGGAUAUCUGUCAAUGAACAAGGAAUCGAUCCAAGGAUUAGUCGCAUUAGCCGGGGGUGAGAAGCCAGACAUAGUCACUAUCAGAAUUGCUGUCGUCCGCGUAGACGAAGACAGAUUCAACAACAAAGCCCUCCUUUUCCAAGAGCGGAGCGAUUACCCCCACGUCCGCGAAAUACUACAAUGCGAUCUCGACGACUCGAACACGCUCGUACGCGAUGUCAUCAGACGAAAAAUCACCAACGAUUUGGGCCUUGACGCUUGGAAGGUCGUUUGGCCCAGUGACAAAGGAUACACGCACAAACCCCCGUAUAGAGGCAUUGCCUGGAUCAACGAGGUUCGAGAGCCGCGCGAAGCGUUCAGACAAGAAAUGAUCGAGUUGUUCAGACACGACAUGCGCGGGUUUGUGUCAAAGGUCUAUGCACUUUCAUGGUGGCAGGGACAGAAAAUGAACCAGAUUCUACUAUGA